AUGAGCAAGCCAAGCUUGUCCUUUGGCCUCAAUCUUACAAAAAAGCCAGGCGCGUCGAAGCCUGCGCCACCAAAAAGAAAGCCCUUGUUCGGCGACGACGACGACUCGGAUAACGAUGGCGCCGAUGUACGGGGAAAGGUAGAGGAGAUCGGAGAGUUCGAUGAUUUCGACGACGUCCCAAAAACAAAGACAACCACCUCGAAACCGACCAAAUCAAAGAAUGGCCCUUUCACCCAACCACCGAAGCUCAAGUCGAAGGGUCAACCAAACAUGAUGUUUGGUGAUCUCUCCAGCUCUCUGACAUCGCGAAAAAACGCCGAAGCUGCUGCCGAAGUCGAUGCUAGCGUUUACGAGUACGAUGCUGUUUAUGAUUCCCUUAAACCAAAGAAACAGACCACAAAAGAGGAUCAACAAAAACGACCUAAAUAUAUGAAGAAUAUUUUGCAAGCUGCAGACACCCGAAAGCGAGAUGCGCUUAUUGCAGAAGAAAAGAAGAUUGCCCGAGAGCGAGAAGCCGAAGGAGAAGAGUACGCCGACAAGGAAAAGUUCGUCACAGAAGCCUACAAGAAACAACAGGAGGAGAACAAGCGACUAGAAGAAGAGGAGAAGAGGAGAGAAGAGGAAGAAGCAAAGAAGAACAAAACCGGUGGCAUGUCUGCCUUUUACAAAAAACUCCUGGAUAAAGAUGAGCAAAGGCAUUCAGAUGCUAUCAAGGCUGCUGAAGAACAGACGAAAUCCGGUGCGCUAGCACAAGAAGAGGCUAGCGAUGCUGAGAAAGAGAGUGACAAGACAGAAGCCGAUCUAGCCAAGGAGCUGAAUGAGAAGGGCGCCGCAGUGGCCAUUAAUGAAGAUGGCCAAGUCGUUGACAAACGCCAGCUUCUCAGAGGUGGCUUGAAUGUCGGCGCAAAGAAGAAAGAAUCAACCCAACGCGACUCUGAUCAACAAGCCACAUUGCCACGAAAGGAAGCUACAAACCACCAGUUUGGAAGACGACAAGCCCAGCGAGAACGACAAACACGCAUGAUGGAGCAGCAGCUAGAAGAAUCCAUGAAGCGAUCACGAGAUGAAGAAGCAGCACAAAGGGAAGAGGUCGAACGGGCAGCCAAGAGUCGCAAGACAGAAGGCGAGAUCUCGAGCGCCAAGGAACGAUACCUAGCGCGAAAACGAGCUGCUGAGGAAGCCAAGAAGACUGCUGGAGGAGCUUAG